CAAAUCCCGUGACUAUCCGCAUUCCGGAACCAACGUCAAGGAAUCAACCGGUUGUUGCAGACGCCCGUUGAUUCGCGAAAACAGGAAACAUCGGAGACUGCCGUCGUGACAAACGCCGGUGGCUCCGACCGUCAAACCAUGAUACCUUGACGCCGUUCCUUGCAAGUACCUCCCUCUUGGGCUCCCCUCUGAAUCCCUUAAUUGCCCCUCCUGUAGCUCUCUGCGUCGUUCUCCGGUAACUCUCUCGUCCUCCCAUUGUUUCUUGACUAACACGGAAAAAACCCGGGAAUCUCAAAAGAUGAGGGAGAGCUGUAGCAUCUCUCUCCCAGUCCUAGUUGUCCUCUCGACUAUCGCUUACAUAUAUUAUACCACCGUCUUUGUUUUCAUAGACGGUUGGUUCGGUCUGAGGACUUCUCCGGGAUUCAUGAACGCCGUCAUUUUCACGGCAACGGCGUCCAUGUGCAUUUUCAACUACGUCGCGGCGGUCGUUAAGGAUCCAGGUCUUGUCUCGUCAACCUUUGUGCCGGACAUUGAAGAUGCAGAGACACCGAUUCAUGAGAUCAAGAGAAAGGGUGGGGAUCUGAGAUAUUGCCAAAAGUGUUCCAACUUUAAGCCUCCUCGCACACAUCAUUGUCGUGUUUGCAAAAGAUGUGUUCUGCGAAUGGACCACCACUGCAUCUGGUUAAAUAACUGUGUGGGCCAUGCAAACUAUAAGGUUUUCUUCGUCUUCGUGUUGUAUGCUGUAAUUUCAUGCAUCUAUGCACUGGUCUUACUUGUUGGUAGUGUUGCCCAAGAUGCUCAAAAGGAUGAAGAGAAGAGUAGAGGUUCCAUCAGGACCCUUUAUAUCAUUUCUGGAAUUUUGCUUGUUCCUUUAUCUGUGGCCUUGAGCAUUCUCUUAGGCUGGCAUAUAUACCUCAUCUUGCACAAUAAGACCACAAUUGAGUAUCAUGAAGGAGUCAGAGCAAUGUGGCUUGCAGAAAAGGUUGGGAAUGUCUAUCAGCAUCCAUAUGAUCUUGGUCCCUAUGAAAAUCUAACAUCGGUGUUGGGUCCAAGCAUUUUCACCUGGAUAUGCCCCAUAUCAAGACAUAUUGGUUCAGGCUUACGAUUCCGCACAUCUUAUGACAUGAUGAUUCCUGCAUCAAUCUAGAGAUGACAUUCCAAAUGCUUUUCAGAAGACGAAGGUCCCGUGUUCCAAGCUAUUUAGUCUAACAACCAGAAGACGAAGGUCGCUUAUUCAUCAUGAGACGAACGUGAGGUGGUAUUUUUCAAUCUGCCCACCAUGUAAAUUUCUUGUUGGGUACCUCGUUAUGUAAUCAUCAAAUCAAACGAGGUCCCUUUUUCAUCGUCAGAAGAACACACAGUCCAAAUCUGUAGGAGUUUGCAUAGCUGUUACACACAAGUAAAAUCUUUUGUUUUGUGAAGUUUUGUAAGAUGUAGAGGGGACUCUUCUCCCUGCAUACCUUGAAAAAAGGGAGGGGGAAAAAAAGAAGGGAGAGGGGGAAUUGGACUAUUCCACAUCAAGAGGCGAGCUGAUUAUUUUUAUAAAAUUAGUUCACUGAGGGUUGUAAUUAUAACAUUAAAGAAUAAAAAUUUGUUAUGAUUCUUUUC